AUGGACCUCGGUCAUGGCGGCUUGCGACAGCAGGCCUUCCACAAGCUCGCGAUCCUUACUGCUCAGCGUUCUUCUCACAGAGAAGCAGACUUCCGUCGCUUGACGUCUUCAAUCCUUCCUGCGAAAUCCCAGCCAAACGGUGUCCUUGACGGGGUGCUUCGAGCACUCACUCCCACCCCGCGAACAUCAAUCACACCUCGAGAACUGGAUGUCCUCCUCGCCUUGUGUGCCAGUGCUCACGAUAUCCACGAUGCUUCUCAUGCUGAACAUCUCGUUAAAACGCUAACCACUUAUCUCCCUGAAGCGCAUGCACAACUCUUCACUCCCUCGCCAUUCCUCCACGAGAUUAAGCCUGCGCCAUGGACAGCCCUUACUUUCCAGCUUACCCAAGCCCUUCUUGUACUUGGCAUACGCUUUCCCACUCUCAAGCAGAGCGUGGCAGAGUGUCUCAAAGCUUAUCUCUCCAACUGGUCUCAGUCUGCUGCAGCACUGGAAUCUUUGGGCGCAGAAGAACUGGACGAAGACAAUGACGGAGAGGCGCAGGAGGUGACUGCAAUGACGGUGUCCUUGGCCGGCUUUCUUGACGCGGCCGCUCUGCACGAGAACUUUUGGUCGUCCUACGAGAGGGUAGAACUCAUUCGUAACUUGAAUGGAUCUUUGUCGGAGAAAUUUCUCAUAACAGUUGAAACGGCCUCCUCCGCGAUACGGACGUCUACGUCCAUUCACAUGGCUUCGAGAGAUUGGAAGAAGUAUUUGAAGAGAUUCGCUGCUCAGGGUCUACCUGUGGGGGCUAUGAUGUUGCAGAAAGGGUUUAUGAAACUUGUGUUGGCUUGCACGUCCAGAAUGCUCUGUGACGAGCAUACCGUUGAAUGUGGCAAUAUUCUCGAUCAGUACAUUGCUGGAACCCAUCUUGGCCGCUCUAGAGACGAGGAUAUCACCGAGGACAUGAUCGAGUAUCUGGUCAACAUAAUUUCUGACCAAAUCCGUGUACUCGAAGACGGCUCCGAUUACUUGCAGCUGAGCUCCGCUUGGCAACAGCGUCUUGCAUUCACUGCCAAAGCCUAUGCAUUAGAGGCUUUUCUCCAUUGCAUGAUUCUGGACGAGGACCUUGCGGAACCCGACGAUCUCUUCACUUGGCUAGAGGACUCCAUCAGCAACCAGGCACAGAUGGCCGAUAUCAACUUGGCCGACGUAGCUCUGAAGAGCCUGGCUGUCGUGGCAAAGCAUAUGCCUGAGGAGGCCUCGAACUUUGCACGUGUUCUGCUCCGCUUCAUAGUCCGUGGAACGUCCACCCCUGAGGCUGUCGCCAUUGCAGCUCAGAGUCUGUCACACAUACUGAAGAUGUUAUCGCAAGAUGCUGUGAUCACCACAGUUUACUCACUGGGCAAUGUUCUAAGUUCACAGAAUGGAGCGGAAAAGACACAUCAUCCUUGGAUGGGCGGAGAGAUCAAUGGUCAUAACGGAUCUCUUUCAUCCUCGUCUAAGCUGCGAACCGGAAGUGUCAUCUCACUUUCGUUGAGCGGCGACGAGGAGACUUCGCUAGUGUGCGGAAACGUUGCCCACGCUAUUGUGGUCAUAGCAAGGGAGUGCAAGGAUCCUCGGAUCACAGCACUUGUGCAGACAAUGAUGGUACAAAAAGUUGGAAGAAUCAGCUUGCCGGUUGAUUCUCGCAUCAUAGAGGAAUCUGCAAGACUCGCGAUUGAGGGCAAAGAGAAUGAGUUCAAAACCCUCCUUAGGCUCUACUCAAGACUUCAUAGCGAAGCUCUACGCCAGGACAACACUCUCAUCUUCGAGGCGGUACGGAAUGCCGAGGAGUACCUAGCCUACAAUAUCGAAAGCCGAUCGUCACUAUUCAAGAUAUUCGCGACGCAUCUGCUCGAGCGGAUCCUGAGCAAGGGCGAUGUCGUAGAAGGCGAGUUUAAACAGUCCGCAGAGGUCGAGCAAGCAGCCAAAGAGAUAGCACCUCUCCUGAAACCACUCUCGAUUAUUGCCGCGCGACGAGCCGUAUCCAUUCAAGGAGGCACCUUCGUUGAAGAUCCUGAUAUUUUAGCUAUGUCUCGUGAAGUUUGGUACAAUAUUGCGGUCCAUGGCAUCACGCUGCAAUCCCGCAUUGGUCAGCAGUAUUACCACGAACUUCGCCUGUUGGCUAUGAAUUCCCGGCCUUUGGUUGAUGAUGACCGCGCCGAACUGUUAGAGUCGGAUGUCGAGCUGAACACGGUACUUCGGCGAGGGAUGAGCCAACAACACACGGCAGAACAAAAGAAGAAUCUCGUUGCUGCCAUCCCAGAUAGAGAUUCUGAAGUUCGACAACUGAGCUAUCAGAAAGUUGUGUUCCUCAAUGCUGUUUUUCUGGUGGAAAGCCUCCGAGCUACCACUGGUAGCUGCGCCGAGAUUCUUGACUACUUCACCGACCCGACAACCCAAACCAGCCACAUGGGUCUGUGCCUCACCUCAAUCGCCAACCAGGUAGUCAAGAGAUAUACUUCAAAGGUCGUUAUUGGGGGUGAGAUGGAAUUCACCGCGCCUUAUGUCUCUCGACAACUAGCCAAAAUUUUGAGUGGCUGUUGUCACCGGAGUGGCAAGAUGCAAGAAGUUGCCAGGACAGCCACGAAUCACGUUCUCACCUUUGCUCCCUCGGCACUCUGCCAGAAGGCCGCGUUGUUCGCAUUGCUGGAACUCUUGUCCCUCAUGUGGUCAAGUUGUCUAGAUGCGGAUCUCGACGAAUAUGAAUGGAGACCAUUCCUCACAUCCACCAGGGGCAAAAUUACGAUUGAGUUGUCAGACGAUUAUGCCUUCAGGAAACGCACACUGAAUAGCUUUUACAACGAUUCAAAGAAAUGGGUCACGACCGUCAUGGCAGUGGCACCACUGGAUGUUAAAGGCCUCCUUCAGACCUACCUUUCCGAAUUCGAUGACACCGGCGGAUAUGGCCACGUCAGCCUGGGGAGAUCUUUUGCGCUGGAAAUGGGCUCCAUGAUACCUCCUCACGAUCACAGACUCAAUGCAACUGACCGGAAAGGCGAUUCCGUUCAUAUCAACAUGGCUUCCGACUUCAUGGCACAGUAUACUGCGCGUCAGGAGUAUCGAUUCACAGGGAUACCUGACUAUCAACUAGGAAAUGUCCACAUCGAUAACAUCACUGGGAGAAGAGCGUCAGUAGGACGUCAAGCCGUGGAUAAUACCCGUAUGUUGAAGGACGUGCUACUGGACCUGCACAAACGCACAGAACAAAAGACACAUGUGCAGACCUCCGAGGUGAAGGAUGUUCUCCGCCGCGCUGCGGCACUCCUGUGCCAGAGCAAAAAGUCUCAAACAGCGAUAGUCCACCACCUCGUCCAUAUACCUUUCCAAAUCUUCACGAAAGAAUCCAUUAAGCUGGGAAUAUCGCUUUGGUUAGGUGUCAUUCACGAGAAUCCUAGAAUGGAGCCUAGGAUAUUGAUGGAGGUUGUCCAGGCUUGGGAGAAGACCAUCGACCGCAAGGAAGGCAUCUUCAAUCCCAAGUUCCAACAUCACGACCCUUUCUACGUCAAGCUAGAAUUCGCACCCACUGACAAGGCCGCAAUCCAAAGGCAAGCUCAGAGCGCUCACAAUACUAUUUCACCACACUUCCGAUUGCUACAAUUCUUUCAAAGCCAUUUCAAUUCGAUCAGACUUGGAAGUACCAAUACGCAACGCAAUUUCGUUCGCAUGGUUGAGCGGACUUUGUUGGGCUUCAUUCAGAUCAAGUGGCAUCCCCUUCUACGUGAGAUGCACUUCUCCCUCACAUACUUCGCGUUGCGGGUGCUUCAGACGAGUACUUGUAUCAGUAAGCUGUACAUGUGGAAGCUGAGGGAUUUGAUUCUCUCUGUUGGCCUUCGGUGGUUCUCUCACCCACUGUCAUGGUCUUUUGGGGGCAACCGCUUGCAACUCAAGGCUGAAGUUCAAAUCAUGCAGGAUGUGCUUGUAUCCCUACAGAGUGCUAAACAGCCAGUCCUAGCAACUGCCGCAUCCCGGAAAGACCCCCAACAGAAACAGGACCUGCUGGAAGCUCUCCUCCAAAAUGAGAUUACUCGUCUCAACGUUUGGCUUGCGCCUCUGGCUCAUGCAAGUCACCAAACCCAUUCAGAGGCUCAGAUUGCAGGGUACUCACGAACUGCGUGGCUUGAAAAUCCAAGCCUGGCGGUACAGCUUGUGGCCAGGUUUCAGAGUGAACAGCUCCGCCGUGAUGUACGGUUUAUGCUUCUUAAUUUCACCGACAAAGCUUUGGACGAACCGGAUGCGAUUGACCUCCUGAUCGGAGACAAACUGCCGUCAGACGUCUCAGGUCAAUUGAAAUAUCUGCUUUAUUGGGCGCCAGUAAACCCGGUGCAAGCCGUGACUUACUUCUUGCCCGCAUUCGGAAACCAUCCUUUCGUGCUCCAGUAUGCUAUGAAUGCUCUCGAGAGCCAUGCUAUCGAUGUCACAUUCUUCUACGUCCCUCAAAUUGUCCAGAGCUUGCGCUACGAUUCCCUCGGUUACGUUGAGCGGUACAUUAUUGAAACUGGAAAGUUUUCACAGCUUUUUGCUCAUCAAAUCAUCUGGAACAUGAAAGCUAACGCGUACAAAGACGACGAUUCUCAAGAGCCAGAUCCCGUCAAACCAACGCUUGACAAGGUCAUGGACAGUUUGGUCUCUAGCUUUUCUGGGGCAGAUAGAGAAUUUUAUGAGCGAGAGUUUGCUUUCUUCGGCGAAAUUACCGAUAUUUCGGGCAAACUCAAGCCUUUCAUCAAGAAGAGCAAGCCUGAGAAGAAAGCCAAGAUUGAAGAAGAGUUGCGUAAGAUCAAAGUCGAAGUGGGCGUGUACCUUCCCAGCAAUCCUGAUGGUGUCGUUGUUGGAAUCGACCGCAAGUCGGGAAAACCAUUACAAUCUCACGCCAAAGCGCCUUAUAUGGCAACGUUCAGGAUUCGCAAGACCAGGGAAAUCCCCGAGGCUGACCAAAAGUCAAAUGCCGAGACAGCCUUCAAGGCCGUUCAUCUUCCACGCAGAGGCCACAGCCGGCAGAACACAAAUGAGAUCUCCGAUCUUGGACUUGACGACAAUCCACGAACGUACGAAGUCUGGCAGAGUGCUAUCUUCAAAGUUGGCGAUGACUGCCGACAGGACAUCCUUGCUCUGCAAAUGAUUGCAGCUUUCCGCGGCAUUUUCAAUGCUGUAGGCUUGGACGUGUACGUAUUUCCAUACCGAGUUACGGCGACAGCGCCUGGCUGCGGAGUGAUUGACGUCCUUCCAAACUCAAUCAGUCGUGACAUGCUGGGGAGGGAGGCGGUCAACGGGCUCCACGAUUAUUUCAUCACAAAGUACGGUGGCGAGCAUUCGAUACGAUACCAGGAGGCAAGACACGAAUUUGUGAAAAGUAUGGCCGCAUACUCGGUCAUCAGUUACCUUCUCCAGUUCAAGGAUCGUCACAACGGGAACAUUAUGAUCGACGACAAGGGCCAUAUCCUCCACAUCGACUUUGGAUUCUGUUUCGACAUUGCACCGGGAGGGGUCAAGUUCGAACGUGCUCCGUUCAAGCUGACUCCCGAAAUGAUCGCGGUGAUGGGAGGAGAUGAUCCCAACACAUCCCAACCGUACAGAUGGUUCGAAGAGCUUACGAUCAAGGCAUUCCUGUGUAGCCGGCAGUACUGCGACAAGCUGAGCCACCUCGUCGGCUUGAUGUUGGAUAGCGGUUUACCUUGCUUCAAGCCCGAGACGAUGCGCAACUUCAGGAACAGGUUCGUCCUUGACAAGACGGACAGAGAGGCCAGCGAGUUCAUGCUCGCGUGUAUCAAGAAAAGCGCAGGCAACGUGUCCACCAAGGUGUAUGACGAGUUCCAGCUUCUCACCAACGGGAUUCCGUACUAG